GAGCUUGCGGACAGUGGGCGUAGUCAUGCCGUCUCUUCCCAUCCUCUUGUCCCGGGAGCUGCCUCCGCUCUCAGGAGCCGCCAGAGACCGAAUGGAGACAGAAGCGCCCCAGCCCGGACUGUCGCCCCCGGACUCAGCGCACGAUCCUUGCAAAAUGUUCAUCGGGGGUCUUAGCUGGCAGACAACACAAGAGGGUCUGCGGGAGUAUUUUAGUCAGUUUGGGGAUGUCAAGGAGUGUCUUGUAAUGAGAGAUCCAUUGACCAAGAGAUCCAGGGGAUUUGGAUUUGUAACCUUCAUGGACCAGGCUGGAGUGGACAAAGUUUUGGCUCAGUCAAGACAUGAGCUGGACUCCAAGACUAUCGACCCAAAAGUGGCAUUUCCACGCAGAGCCCAACCUAAGAUGGUGACAAGGACAAAGAAAAUCUUUGUGGGGGGGUUAUCUGUGAACACAACUGUUGAAGAUGUGAAACAAUAUUUUGAGCAGUUUGGCAAGGUUGAUGACGCCAUGUUAAUGUUUGAUAAAACAACCAACCGGCACAGAGGCUUCGGGUUUGUAACCUUUGAAGGAGAAGAUAUUGUGGAGAAGGUCUGUGAAAUUCACUUCCACGAGAUUAACAAUAAAAUGGUGGAGUGCAAAAAGGCACAGCCUAAGGAGGUGAUGUCACCAACAGGCUCCGUGCGUGGCCGUUCCCGGGUGAUGCCAUAUGGGAUGGACGCCUUCAUGUUGGGAAUCGGGAUGCUAGGAUACCCUGGAUUCCAAGCUGCUACAUAUGCCAGCCGUAGUUACACUGGAAUUGCACCAGGGUACACUUACCAGUUCCCAGAAUUUCGUGUAGAGAGAACCCCUCUCCCGGGCGCCCCCGUCCUCCCAGAACUCACAGCAAUCCCUCUGACUGCAUAUGGGCCGGUGGCGGCCGCGGCUGCAGCCGUGGUGAGAGGCUCCACUCCAACCCGCACAGGGGGGUUUCUGGGAACCAGCAGCCCGGGGCCCAUGGCGGAGCUGUACGGAGCAGCCAAUCAGGAAUCGGCAGUCAGCAGCUACAUCAGUGCGGCAAGUCCGGCUCCCAGCACAGGCUUUGGACACAGCCUCGGGGGUCCGCUCAUUGCCACGGCUUUCACUAAUGGAUACCACUGAAACUGCAGAUCUCUGAAGAGGUUUGGAUUUGCAAGCUUCUCCUGCCCAUGAAGGUGUUCCUCCCCUACAAGAUUAUCAGAUGGCCUCCCACACUUUGUGUUCUUGCAGAGUUACUGGUGCCUCCUGCAAAUCCUCUUCUUCCAUCCUACAAUUUUUUUUAUUUAUUUCUUUUUUUUUUUGGAAUUAUAACUUUUUUGCCCCUUUUUUAGAUUUGUGUUUGUGUCUUUAUCAAGGAACAUUUCCUGUGAUUAUAGAAAUUAUCGUUCGGGUGGGAUGCAGGUAAAACCGUGGUACAAUGUGUCUAAGGGAGGGGAAGAGGUAUAUUUGGGCCCGACUGUCUGAGAAUGUGAUCCUUUGUUUUUUUUUUUUUAUUAAUAAUUUUUAUGUAAAUUUCGGCUUUUAAGACAUGUAAAACAGAUUUGGAGUGGCAUUGCACAAGAACAAGACAAAUGUAUAUUUUGCUAAAUGAAAAACUAUUUGUAGAACAGAAAUUAUUUUAAUUUUUCUCAGAACUGGUUGGAAUUUUUUAAUGUUUUUUUUUUUUUUUCCUCUGUAAAAUAUGUAAAUAUUGCAGACUGAUCAUUCAGCCAGCUCCAGGUCACUACUGAUCCCACAUUCUCCUCUGGCGAAUUGGGUCUGUAUUUUAGCAAUAUUUUCCUAAACCUAAAUGGAUUGGCAGGUUUUUUUUAUACGUCUUUUAUUACGACCAAAACCUCAGGUCGCAAUAAGCCGGGGGGUUCUCAGUGUACGGGAAAAUGCUGAUCCCCUGCUUUCAAAUGUAAUACUGCACGUUAAUCUCCAAUCUAAUUAACUCUUUAAGUGUUCUUGCCAGUUCCUUGGGAAGAUAUUAUUAAGUGGGAGCGGGCAAUUAAAGCAUCUGCGGGUGCAGUAUUAUGGCUAACUAGUCAAUACAUGUUUUGAUAUUCUAUCGACAAAGCAUUCCCAGGUUUAUGACUUUUAGCCAGACCCAUUAUGUGGUCAAUAUUCAGGCAUGCUAUUUUAAUUGGAAUAUGUAUUCCCAAAUCAUGGAAUAAAAAAAUUGUUUCUGCAUUCCAAAUCAUCUGUGCCCUCUGGCUUUCUCUUGCAAUGGGAAGGCAAGUGAUAAUAUAUGGAGAGUUAAUUACGAAUGGGGCUUCUUACAAUGCUGUACGGAAAAUUCAAGGCAAUAAUCUUUGUUACUGCAACUGGAUUUUUUUUAAUGAUAGUUGAAAAAUAAAUACUGAAUUGUA